AUGUCUGAAAAGAUAUUUGUUAGGAGCAGUGUGGGAUCGAUGCGGGUGUCGGAACGAGCGAGAUGGCCACCGUUGACGAGAAUGUUGAUGUCGGGGGAGAUGAGUGGUGAGCAGCCGAAGGACCUCAACCUGCGCGAGAGGUUCGAUCGGUGGAUGGUGAAUGAGGGUUAUCGUCGAUUUUUCGUUUUCAUCUUCGCUGCGAUUCACGCCAUGGUCUUUGCGUUCGGCUUCAUGAAUUACCAGCUCAAGGACAAUCUGUCUCUAGCUCGCAGUACGUUCGGACUCACGUACCCAACAGCUAGGGCAGCGGCUCUGGUCCUACAUUUUGAUGUGGCUAUGAUUCUAUUCCCAGUCUGCAGAACCCUCAUCUCCUUGGCUCGACAGACGCCCUUGAAUGGCAUCAUCCAGUUUGACAAGAAUAUCACAUUCCAUAUAACUACGGCUUGGUCGAUUGUCUUCUUCUCAUGGGUUCAUACUGUCGCUCAUUGGAACAACUUCGCCCAGAUCUCGGCCAAGAACAACCUUGGCAUCGGUGGAUUCCUUCUCGCAAACUUCGUGACGGGCCCUGGCUGGAGCGGGUAUGUUAUGUUGAUUGCUCUCAUGUGUAUGGUGAUCACAUCCGUGGAGAAGAUGCGCCGUGCCAACUUCGAGCGCUUCUGGUACACACAUCACUUCUUCGUGAUAUUUUUCGUCUUCUGGUCGAUCCACGGAGCCUUUUGCAUGAUCCAACCAGAUUUCGCCCCUUAUUGCGUGAGCAUUGGGUCGAGUGCCAUUGGCGUCUUCUGGCAAUACUGGAUGUACGGUGGAUACAUCUAUUUGAUGGAACGUGUUGCACGUGAGAUUCGAGGCCGGCACAAGACAUAUAUCUCGAAAGUCGUCCAGCACCCAAGUGGGGUUUGCGAGAUUCAGAUCAAGAAGGAGAACACGAAGACGAGAGCUGGACAAUACAUAUUCCUGUGCUGCCCUGAGGUAUCAGUGUGGCAAUAUCAUCCAUUCACCUUGACUUCCGCCCCUGAAGAAGAUUACAUCUCUGUCCAUAUCCGCAUGCAAGGAGAUUUCACGAAGCAACUUGGACGUGUUCUUGGAUGUGAACUUGAUAAGCCUGGAGGAUCGAAGGAGGCCUCACAAGUCGUAUCCGUUAACAAGAACAGCCCCGGAACCGAAGGCGUGGACCCGGCAAUUCGCCGUGUCCUCCCUCGUGUUUACAUCGACGGUCCUUUUGGCUCCGCCUCGGAAGACGUCUUCAAAUACGAAAUCGCCAUGCUCGUCGGUGCCGGAAUUGGGGUCACACCCUUCGCCUCCAUUUUGAAAUCUAUCUGGUAUCGUAUGAACUACCCACAGAAGAAGACCCGUCUUCGCAAGGUCUACUUCUUCUGGAUAUGUCGAGACUUUGGCUCUUUCGAGUGGUUCCGUUCCCUUCUUCUUGCUAUUGAGGCCCAGGAUAUGGAUAAUCAUAUCGAGAUCCAUACGUACCUCACAGCGAAGAUCAAGGUAGAUGACGCGACCAAUAUCAUGAUCAAUGACGCCAAUGCGGACAAGGAUGCUAUCACGGGUUUGAGGGCACCAACGAAUUUCGGGAGACCCAAUUGGGAUAUGGUCUUUAAGAGCAUUAGGAAGAUUCAUUCCCCGGCGGAGGCAGGUGUUUUCUUUUGUGGUCCGAAGGUUUUGGGCAGUCAGUUGCACAUUAAGUGUAAUAUGUAUAGCGAACCUGGUUUCAAUUUCUGCUGGGGCAAAGAAAAUUUUUAG